AUGGGGCCAUUCAGGGGUACAGGCUUUCAGCUUCAGCUUGCAAAGCGCCACAGCAUGCCAGCGCCAGUGCCUGCAGACAGGUUGCCUCCUGCUCGUGCCGAGUUCCUGCUGGUUUUUGCCCAUGUAGAGGCCGCCCUUCAUUCAAAUCAAUUGCAGGAAGAUUGCGACCCAACCGUUCGCAAGGCAAAGGUUGUUUCAUAUGAAGCUGCUUUGAGAAGCCGAUUGGAGCGCUGGGAGCUUUUGCCAAAACCCUUGGCAGAACAGUACAGUGCAAGAAUUGAGCGGCUGAGCAACGUGUUGACAGCUCGUCAGUUUCCGGAGUAUCCUCAGGACAAUGUAAAGACAAAUGACUUCAAUGAUGGAGACAUCCAGCAGGAUCCUGAAGAGGCGCGUGCACGCUAUGCGUCAAAGGACAGGAGGAUCGCAAUACAGCCACAAAACGUGCAAUGUUUACCUCGAACUGAAGGUACGAAUUUGAAAACUAAGCCAAUUCUUGCGCGGGGUGAGGCCCGCAGCAACCUGGAAACAGAAAUGGUUGACUUGGCCGAAAACAUGAAAGGAGCGGCAAAUGCUUUCCUCCAGACUUUGAAGAAAGACAACGACCGCUUAGAGGAUAUGCAAUCCGCCCAACAACGAAGUCUUGACAACGUCAGUGCCCAUACGGAGAGUGGCAAAAGACUGCUGCGGUCUGGACAGAUGAGUUUCUUAUGCACCAUGAUCUUAGUUGCCAUCAGCGUCGUUUUGUUUGUCAUGAUGAUACCUUUCAUCAUCUUCACUUGA